AUGGAAUCAGAAGCAGCACUUGGUCCACUACCAGCUGCCUCUAUAGGUGAAAUAGAGUCUCAAGGCCUACAGGACCAAUCGAGUAACGAUGUUGUUCGCAGUUUCGGCGUCGAAAACGGCAACGCCCUGCACAUUUCCAUAGAUGACCACCCCAUCACGUUGCCUCUCUCCUCGCCAGAGGAAAUUUUCACCAACCCAUCGACGUACAGUCGUGAGGAAACUAUAGACUGCAUACAACGAGGUGUCGGUCAAUUCUGGGCUGAUGAUUUGGCUGCCCAACAGAUGAAUGCCGGUACCAACAUGCAGAACCCUCCUCAAGAGCAGAAUUCCUCUCAAGAACAGAGCCCACCUCAAGAACAGAGCUCUCCUCAAGAGCAGAACUCCCCUCAUGCUCCAAGUGCCACACCUGAGAUCAAACCUAUACCUCAGGCCAAGGAGGCCCGAGGUGUAAAGAGAACGAGGGCAUCUGAACCCGACGAGUCUCGAGCAGCAAAGCGACCUACCAGGAGAAAACGCCAGCCCGCGACCAAGAAAGCGAAGUCUAAAGAGCCCCGUCGUUUUCCAAAACUUCUACCGAAGCCUCCUCAGCCAGCUUCCCAUUGGAAUGGGACGGUGAUCCCUGGCAUACAGCGUCCGUAUGGUGGUUCUUGGCAGAGACAGACGGGUAUAGAUCCUCGCGGUGUUGCGUAUUCUGGCAACGCGAGUGUCUAUAUGUCUUCCCCCAUGCUACUUCAGCAGCAGGGGACGACGAGAAGCAUGCUUCCUACCCCAGUGCCUUCUCCUGGCCAGAUUCCCUACCCUAGGCCACCUCAGCAGCAGGGGACGACGAGAAGCAUGCUUCCUACCCCAGUGCCUUCUCCUGGCCAGAUUCCUUACCCUAUGCCACCUCCGCAGCAGCUUGCUAAUGAGAUGACGAUGGGAAGUAUGAGGCAUCAUCAGCCCGAGGGGAAUGGCAUUCCCGUGAUGUAUGUCCCACCUAGCUUUUCCGUGGGGCAUAUUCAGCCAAGGGGCAAUGGCAAUGCCAUGAUGCAUCAAUAUAAUGGUCCUAUGGUGAAUGCCUCUAGCUCUUUCAUGGUAAAUUACCAGCCAAGAGGGUUUGGGGGGUUUAGUAUAAACUAG